GUCAUGUGACUCUGAGCCUCUUCCACUGAGUUAAACUCCUUGCGGCUGUAUGCGCCGCUGUUGGGAACCUUACUGGGGCUGGGUACCCUGUGCCCCAACCCCAUGGCUCCUUUUGAGUCUUGUGUGUGCAGCUCCAUUUGGCCUGCUGGGAGAAGAGACUCGCCAGGUAUAUAUGGAGGUUAUUUCCGGUGGACCAAAUCCCCAGAACCUGCUUCAUAUCAGGGCAGUGGGCACCAACUCCACCCUGCACUAUGUAUGGGGCACCCUAGGGCCUCCAGCUGUGGUGCUGGUGGCCACCAACACCACACAGAGUGUCCUGAGUGUCAACUGGAGUCUCCUGCUGUCUCCUGAUCCUGAUGGGGGUUUGAUGGUGCUCCCCAAGGACAGCAUCCAGUUUUCUUCUGCUCUUGUCUUCACCAGGCUGCUUGAAUUUGACAGUACCAAGGUCUCCGAAGGGGCAGCCCAGCCCUCAGGAAAGCCAUAUCCUCCCUACUCCUUGGCUGAGUUCUCCUGGAACAGCUCCUUGGACCGCACCACUCUGAGCUCCGCUUUCCAAGGCCACCCUGUAGAUGACCCUACUGGAACAUUUGCCAAUGGCAGCCUGGCCUUCAAGGUCCAGGCCUUUUCGGGAUCUGGCCGACCUGCCCAGCCCCCUCGCCUCCUGCACAGCGCAGACGCCUGCCAGCUAGAAGUUGCCCUGGUUGGAGCGUCUCCUCGUGGAAACCACUCCCUGUUUGGCCUAGAAGUGGCCACCUUGGAUACUGGCCUUGGCUGCCCCUCCGUGAAAGAGCUGCACUCCAUUGACGAUGAGUACGCACCUGCUGUCUUCCAGGUGUGUAUAGGUUCCUGUGGCGGCAAGAAGUGGGCAUCAGAUACCCUGGGGCUGGAAUUACAAAUGGUUGUGAGCCUCCUGACGUGGGUGCUGGAAGCUGGAUUUUGGUUUUCUGCAAGAGCAGCAAGCCCUCGGUCACUGAGCCAUCAUUCCAGCUGCUACGGCCCCCCCUUUUUUUAUAAAGAUAUUUAUUAAUUAUGUAUACAGCAUUCUACUCACAUGUGUCCCUGCAGGCCAGAAGAGGGCACCAGAUUUUAUUACAGAUGGUUGUGAGCUCAUCUGUAAUGAUUGAACUCAGUAUGGAUUGAACUCAGAACCUCUGGAAGAACAGUCAGUGCUCUUAACCUCUGAGCCAUCUCUUCAGCCCCAUUGCCCCUUAUUUUUUAAAAGAUUUUGUUUUUAAUCGGGUCUCCCUAUAUAGUUCUUUUUUUUAAAAUAUUUACUUAUUUAUUACGUAUACAAUAUUCUCUCUGUGCGUAUGUCUGCAGGCCAGAAGAGGGCACCAGACCUCAUUACAGAUGGUUGUGAGCCACCGUGUGGUUGCUGGGAAUUGAACUCAGGGCCUUUGGAAGGGUAGGCAAUGCUCUUAACCACUGAGCCAUCUCUCCAGCCCCUCCCUAUAUAGUUCUGAUUGACCUAGAACUCUUGCUAUCUAGACCAGGCUGGCCUUGAACUUACAGAGGUUCAACUGCUUCUACCUCCUGAGAGCUGGGAUUAAAUGCACGCACCACCACAUAUGGUCCCCGUUUAUUAGCAAUACUCUGUCUGGAUGCUUCUAGUGUUGGGCUGUACUGAUGUAUCACCUGACAUCUCUGCCCUCCAAGGAAGCAGGCAAAAGCAGUGCUUUAUGGUCUUCAGAUGGGAUUCUCUGUGACCCGGGGCCCAGAGGGAGCAAUGGCAGAAGAGCAAGGCUGUGACUCUGCUCAUCUCUCUACUAUAUGUAGAGAGGACUGGGCCCUGCCACAACCGGCAAUGCCCAUCCUAGAAUGACACUUAGCACCGGGGACGCUUGCUGGCCUCAUUGCAGUAAUCUGGGAGAGGCAGGAACAGAAAGCUGGCACAGGUGCGUCCAUCUCUCUGCCUCCGUGGCCUUUCU